CUUUCUUGUCAACAAAAAAAUAAAAAAUAAGUAAUAAACGUGAGCUGACUUAUAAGCGAUAAUGCUAUUAUAAGAUAAGUAAAGAACAACAAUACCUAUAUAAGAGUGCUCUUGACUUGAAAAAGUCAACAGUAUUGGCGAAUUAAUAGCGACAUACAGGUGACACAGUUAUUGUGUCUAUAAGAAGUUCAAGGGACAACUAAAAGAGUUUUAGCCAUUAGGAAAUUAAAAUCUUUUCAAAGAUGCAUCACUUGACGCUUGUGCUCGCCAUAUGCUUAUCAUUUGCCGUAACUAUCGACAGUCAAAAAAAAAUCGUUUGUUAUUUUGCUAGCUGGGCAUACUCUCGUGACUCAAUAGGAAAAUACGAUAUUUCCAAUAUCGAUCCGACUCUUUGUACACAUUUGAUUUAUUCAUUUAUCGGUCUUAAUGCUGACGCCAGUAUAAAAAUUUUGGACUAUCAGAGGGAAGUUACAAAUAAUGGAUUUCGCAUGUUUAACGAGCUUCGCCAAAAAAGCCCAUCAACAAAAACUAUAGUAUCCAUAGGAGGAUGGACGGAGGGUUCUGAUCAAUUUACUAGGGUAGUGAGCGAUUCAAACUUGCGAGCAAGAUUUGUCAGUAACAUCGUUGCAUUCUUGAAACAAUACAAUUUUAAUGGUCUUGAUGUUGACUGGGAAUAUCCAGCCCAACGUGGAGGAAAACCAUCCGACAAAGAAAAUUUCGUUAUUUUAUUAAGAGAACUGAAACAAACAUUUGGUAGAGAGGGGUUCAGUUUAUCCGCUGCAGUCAAUCCUACUGAAUAUGGUGCUGGACAAUCCUAUAAUAUUAGAGAAAUAUCAAAGUCACUUGAUUUUAUCAAUUUGAUGACAUACGAUUACCAUGGAACCUUUGAUGAAGAUAAAACCGUUGGACACAAUGCCCCACUCUAUGCUGCGCCAGGGGAAAACGCAAAUCAGAAAACAUUGAAUGUUAAUUCGUCUGUGAAUUUUUGGAUAUCACAGGGUGCACCCAUAGAGAAAAUAAACGUUGGAACUGCCUUUUAUGGAAGAUCCUUUACUCUAGCUGAUCCAAAUCAGCAUAAAAGAGGUUCACCUUUUAUUGCAGAAGGAAAAGCUGGACCAUACACUAAAAAUGCUGGCACAUUAGCAUACUAUGAAAUUUGUACCUAUACAGACCGUGAAAAUUGGACAGUUAGAUAUGAUCCAGAACAGCAUGUUGUAUAUGCUUUUAAAGCAGAUCAGAUUGUAGGAUAUGAUGACGUAAAUUCGAUCACAGAAAAGGCAGCAUAUAUUAAGAAUUUAAACCUUGGUGGUGCCAUGGUAUGGAGCAUAGAUCAAGACGACUCUAAUGGUGUAUGUAAUGGAGGAAGAGUUCCACUUCUUAGGGCUUUAAACAAAGUCCUUCGCAACUGAUCUACUUUUUAUAAAGAAGUUGAAAUAUUUAAAAAAAGUAAUACACAAAUAGAAAAGUAAAGAACUUCUUUCGAUUGCAAGAAACAAAAUUAGCUUUUAUAUUCAAAAGAGUUUUAAACAUUAAAUAAAGAAUCAGAAUCUUCUGCACAUAUGAUUAUAUUGUCAAAUGAUUCAGCAUAGGUUUUAUCAUCAUACCACGCCCUAACCAAUAAAUAAUAAUUUUGAUCCUGACUUAAAAAAA